GUUAUGUAGCAGAAAAUCAAACUUCCACCACCAAUUUCAUCGGAAAAUUCUAUUCCUAUGUAUAUUGAUAAGAUAAAGAUAUAUGGCACGCGGUACCGACACUAGCAAAAUGCAAAGUGGAAAAUGGAUGGAGGAUGGAGAAGGAGAACCCGGAUAGUCGUUAUCAACAUGUGGUUCCUGAUGGGUGAUGGGAGACGUGGGAAUUACUGGGAAUGGCUAAAUGGCUUUGAUUGGAUCCGAUGUCUAUUUAAAAACAUAGUUGCCAAAUGUUGCUUGUUAAAUGUCUACAAAUGUUAUCGAGUUGAAGAAGCUUGAUGUAAUUUAUAUAAAAUUCACC